CGGGGGCGUGGCUUGGCGGCGGCGGCGGCGCGCUCGAGGGCUUGGAUGUACGGGGCGCGCGCGGCUCCAGCUCCGGACGCCUCGGGUUCGGGCUGUAGCUGCUGGGGCGGCCCCCGCGCUCCGGUCCGUGCGCCCGCUCACCGUGCGCCUUGUACCUCGUUGCUCGUCUGCAGCCAGCCAGGAUGGGAGCCCGCCCGCUGCCUCUGCUCAGAGCCCUGCUUCUGCAGCUGCUGGCCGGUACCCAAGCCGCUAUCAUCUUUAUCAAGGAGCCAUCUUCCCAGGAUGCACUUCAAGGGCGCCGGGCGCUGCUCCGUUGUGAAGUUGAGGCUCCGGACCCAGUGCACGUGUACUGGUUGCUCAAUGGGGUGCCUGUCCAAGACACUGAGCGGCGGUUUGCCCAGGGCACCAGCCUGAGCUUUGCAGCUGUGGACCGGCUUCAGGAUUCUGGUGCCUUCCAGUGUGUGGCUCGGGAUAACGUCACUGGAGAGGAAGCCCGCAGUACCAAUGCCUCCUUCAACAUCAAAUGGAUCGAGGCAGGUCCUGUGGUCCUGAAGCACCCGGCCUCAGAAGCUGAGAUCCAGCCGCAGACCCAGGUCACACUUCGUUGUCACAUUGAUGGGCACCCUCGGCCUACUUACCAGUGGUUCCGAGAUGGAGUCCCCCUCUCAGAUGAUCAGAGCACGCACACUGUCAGCAGCAGGGAGAGGAACCUAACCCUACGGCCAGCCAGUCCCGAACAUAGUGGCCUCUACUCCUGCUGUGCCCACAAUGCCUUUGGCCAGGCCUGCAGCAGCCAGAACUUCACCUUGAGUAUUGCAGAUGAAAGCUUUGCCAGAGUGGUGCUGGCACCUCAGGACGUUGUUGUGGCAAAGAACGAGGAGGCCAUGUUCCAUUGCCAGUUUUCAGCCCAGCCACCCCCGAGCUUGCAGUGGGUCUUUGAGGAUGAGACCCCCAUCACUAACCGAAGCCGUCCUCCUCACCUCCGCAGAGCUGUGGUGUUUGCCAAUGGCUCUCUCCUGCUGACCCAAGUCCGGCCACGGAAUGCAGGAGUCUACCGUUGCAUUGGUCAGGGACAGAGGGGCCCACCCAUUGUCCUGGAAGCCACUCUUCACCUGGCAGAGAUUGAAGACAUGCUGCCAUUCGAACCACGGGUGUUCAUAGCCGGUGGUGAGGAGCGUGUCGCCUGCCCAGCCCCCCAGGGCCUGCCUACACCCAGUGUUUGGUGGGAGCAUGGUGGAGUCCGUCUUCCUGCCCACGGCAGGGUCCACCAGAAGGGCCUGGAGCUUGUGUUUGCCACUAUUACUGAGAGUGAUGCUGGUGUCUACACCUGCCAUGCAGCCAACCUGGCCGGCCAGCGGCGACAGGAUGUCAACAUCACAGUGGCCACUGUACCCACGUGGAUUAGGAAGCCCCAAGACAGCCAGCUGGAGGAGGGCAAGCCCGGCUACCUGCACUGUCUGACACAGGCCACACCCAAUCCCACUGUGAUCUGGUACAGGAACCAGAUGCUGAUCUCAGAGGACUCGCGGUUCGAAGUUUCCAAGAAUGGGACCUUGCGCAUCAAUAGUGUGGAGGUAUAUGAUGGGACGUUGUACCGUUGUGUGAGCAGUACCCCAGCCGGCAGCAUCGAGGCCCAGGCCCGUGUCCAGGUGCUGGAAAAACUCAAGUUCACGCCACCACCGCAGCCACAGCAAUGCAUGGAAUUUGAUAAGGAGGCUACGGUGCCCUGCUCAGCCACUGGCCGGGAGAAGCCCACGGUUAAGUGGGUACGGGCAGAUGGGAGCAGCCUCCCUGAAUGGGUGACAGACAAUGCUGGGACCCUACACUUUGCCCGAGUGACCCGAGAUGAUGCUGGCAACUAUACAUGUAUUGCGUCCAAUGAGCCACAGGGCCAGAUCCGUGCCCAUGUCCAGCUGACGGUGGCAGUUUUCAUCACCUUCAAGGUGGAACCAGAGCGGACAACUGUGUACCAGGGCCACACAGCGUUGCUGCGGUGUGAGGCUCAGGGGGACCCCAAACCUCUUAUUCAAUGGAAAGGCAAAGACCGGAUCCUGGACCCCACCAAGCUGGGACCCAGGAUGCACAUCUUCCAGAACGGUUCCCUGGUGAUCCAUGAUGUGGCCCCUGAAGACUCAGGCUCCUACACCUGCAUCGCUGGCAACAGCUGUAACAUCAGGCACACAGAGGCCCCGCUCUUAGUCGUGGACAAGCCAGUGAUGGAGGACUCAGAAGGCCCUGGCAGUCCUCCCCCAUACAAGAUGAUCCAGACCAUCGGGCUGUCAGUGGGCGCAGCUGUAGCCUAUAUCAUCGCUGUACUGGGCCUCAUGUUCUACUGCAAGAAGCGAUGUAAAGCCAAGAGACUGCAGAAACAGCCUGAAGGGGAGGAGCCAGAGAUGGAGUGCCUCAAUGGUGGGCCUUUGCAGAAUGGACAGCCAUCAGCAGAGAUCCAGGAAGAAGUGGCAUUGACCAACUUGGGCUCUGGCCCUACAGCCACCAACAAGCGCCACAGCACCGGUGAUAAGAUGCAUUUCCCACGGGCCAACCUGCAGCCCAUCACCACUCUGGGGAAAAGUGAGUUUGGGGAAGUGUUCCUCGCAAAGGCGCAGGGCGUAGAAGAAGGCGCGACAGAGACACUGGUCCUCGUGAAGAGUCUGCAGAGCAAGGACGAGCAGCAGCAGCUGGACUUCCGGAGGGAGGUCGAGAUGUUCGGGAAGCUAAACCACGCCAACGUGGUACGGCUUCUGGGGCUGUGCCGGGAGGCUGAGCCCCACUACAUGGUGCUGGAGUAUGUGGACCUGGGAGAUCUCAAACAGUUCCUGAGGAUUUCCAAGAACAAGGAUGAAAAAUUGAAGUCACAGCCCCUCAGCACCAAACAGAAGGUGGCCUUGUGCUCCCAAGUGGCCCUGGGCAUGGAGCACCUGUCCAACAACCGCUUUGUGCACAAGGACUUAGCUGCUCGUAACUGCCUGAUCAGUGCCCAGAGGCAGGUGAAGGUGUCGGCGCUGGGCCUCAGCAAGGAUGUGUACAACAGUGAGUACUACCACUUCCGCCAGGCCUGGGUCCCUCUGCGUUGGAUGUCCCCAGAGGCUGUCCUGGAGGGUGACUUCUCCACUAAGUCUGAUGUCUGGGCCUUUGGUGUGCUCAUGUGGGAAGUGUUCACUCACGGAGAGAUGCCCCAUGGUGGGCAGGCAGACGAUGAGGUGCUGGCAGACUUGCAGGCUGGGAAGGCUCGACUCCCACAGCCCGAAGGCUGCCCAUCUAAGCUCUACCGGCUGAUGCAGCGCUGCUGGGCCCUGAACCCCAAGGACCGGCCUUCCUUCAGUGAGAUCGCCAGCACCCUGGGAGACAGCCCUGCAGACAACAAGCAGUGAGGGAGCCCUGCAGGCUGUCCCUCAGGACGGCGUGGGCAGGGGAGAACCCCUCUUGAGGGGGCCUGCAGCAUGAUGGGCAAGAUAACCCUGUCCUUGGCCCUGGGGUCCCUGCCCAAGCACAGCAGGCAUUGCUGAAGGCUGGCAGUGCCUUGGUGUUUCUCUUUGCCUCAGCCACUGGGGAGGCUGAUUCAGACCCAGGCUGGGUGACUUAAGACCUUGGGCUGGCCAUCUCUCUUUGCCACCCCUUCCCUUAUCAGGGACAGUAUGGGUACCUCAGGUAACCCCAGUUUCUGGCCUGAGACUUCUUCUGGCCAGGUUCAGCUCUGCCACUGAUCUGCCAGUGUUGCCUGGGGAGGGCUGGCCUGGGCCUGAGCUAGGUUUGGGGGACUUCUUUAAUAUACAGGUAUACUCAAAGUUCCAGGAUAACUCGGGGCACACAGGACCAACAGGCCUCUUAGCGCAUGAAUCCCACCUAGGGGUCGUCUAGCAGGCCAUGAAGGAUACAGCAGUGAGUCCUCCCACCGUGGGCUUGUGCACACUAAGCCAGAUCCCUGGCCUCAGUCUCCUUUCCUCACCCUAAGUGCCUGGCAGAUGAGGAAGUGUUGGGAGCUUUUGACACUUAUAUGACCCGCCCCUUUUGUAUGCACCAUGGGCGGCCUUUGUACGUAAUUGCAGCGUGGGGUGGGUGGGCAUGGGGAGGUCUGGGUGGACCCUAGAGGAAGUAGGGAGGGAGGGCCACCCCUGCCUCGUACUUUAUUGUUGUUGUUGCUGUUGUUAUUGUUUGUUUGUUUUAUGGUUUUGUUUUUGUUUUUUUUUUACACUCGCUGCUCUCAAUAAAGAAGCCUUUUUUUUUUAACAGCCUAUGUGUUAGACCCUUCACCGCCUUUGUCCAUGAAUGGGGUUCUUUGUUUCAUUCUCUUUGCUGAUCAGAAGGGACAAUGAGACUUGUUGACAUCUCAUCGAUGGCCCCAUAGAUGCUGGUUCUGCUCUACCGUUCCCAGAUGUCUCAUAAUCCACUUUUACCCGUGUGACGGGCACUUAUUCUUUGCCACUCAGCCCUGGAGUGUAGUCGUGUGGUAGACAUGGAGAUCCCAAACAGAGGCCAAUGACAUAGUCAGGCUCAGAGUCCCUUUGAAACUAGGAAGACCAGGAGCCAGAGAAGUGGCUUAGUAGCUAAGAGCACUGGCUGCUCUUGCAGAGGUCCUGGGUUUCAGUUUCCAGAGGAUUACAGCUGCCUAUCACUCCAGUUCAGGGAGUCUAACACCCUCUUUUGGCACCAGUGGGCCAAAAGUGGGCAACAGGCACACAUGUACAUAUGUGCAGGUAAAAUAUGCUCACACAUGAAAUAAAAAUCUCAAAAAAAAAAAAAAGAGCUGGGAGCUGGACGGUGAUGGUGCACACCUUUAUAAAAUACCAGCACUCGGGAGGCAGAGACAGGUCCAUCUCUGAGGUAGCGGUGGGCCUGGUCUACAAAGCUGUUUUGGACAGCCAGGCCUGUUACACAGAGAAAUCCUUGAACCCCCAACCCAUCCAAAAUGAGCCAGAAAAUGGCUCUUUGAUUAAGAUCCCUUCUUUGUUGAUCUUGUAGAGGACCCGGGUUCGAUUCUUAGCACCCACAUGGCAGCUUACAACCUUCCCUAACUACAGUUCCGGAGGAUUAGACUCCCUCUUCUUUCUUCAGGUAUCAGGCAUAAAUAUAUAUAUACAUUCAGGCCAAACACCAAUAUUCAGAGAAUAAAUAAAUCUUUAUUAUAAUUAAUCUAUAUUGUAAUUUUUUGAUGAUGGCUGCAUAAUUUAUAUAUAAUAUUAGUAAAUAUAUAACUUAUAUUUCUGUAUUAUUACAUUUAUGUAUUUUUAAUCUAUAUAUUUCCUAAUAUGUAUAUAUUAGGAUUAUUUACACAUACACACACAUGUGUAUGUACUAGGAAAGUGCCUUAGCAGUCAGAGGGUAGAAGAUUGUGAGCUCCAUGCCUGUCAAACAAACAAACCCAAAUGGCUCAGUUAAUCAAGUACUUUCCUGGCAUGCAUGAAGCACUAAUUUUGAUCCCCAACCAUAAAGCAGGCAUAGAGGUAUGUUCUGAAAUCCCAAAAUCUGAGAGGUGGAAGCAGAGGGAUCAAGACUGGGGGCUGGACAGGUGGCUCAGUCAUUAAGAGUAUACACACUGGCUACUCUUGCAGAGCACCCAGACUUAACUCCCACAUACCCACUUAGCUGCUCACAACCACCUGCAGCUCCUGUUCUAGGGUAUCUGCCUGCAUGGGUACCAGGCAUACACAUAAAGCACAGAAAAACAAGAUAAAAACAAAACACCCAUAAACAAAGUAAUAAGAAAAGAAGGCUACCUUCAGCUACAUAAAAAAAGGUAGCCUGUCCCAUCAUCUUACCCCGAUCUUCAUCUCUGCUCUACCAUUUUUUUCUUGAUGUUCCUUCCUUCCCUCUGCUUGUUUGGAUUGAAUCAGAGAUGAUCUCUCCACUAACUUUCCUGUCUCUGAAGGGUACCAAUGUUAGGAGAGUCAACUAUACUCAAAAAGCAAAAAUAUUUAGUAUUAUUAGUUUGCAUGACAGGAACUCAAGCAUGGUCUGAGAAUGGUGUUGAACACAAUACAGGCUGAGGUUAGUUUUGAACCCCUGAUCAC